UUUUCACGGAGCCUGGUGGGGGCAGGGAAAGUGGAUCAGAAAGAUUUGGGAGGGGGAGGAAAAUCUCUCCCCCUGUGCCUCAACCCUCAGUGGGUAAAAAAAGAAGGCAAGGCGACAGGUUCCAAAUCAUGGGGAACUUAUGUCUGAAAUACUGCAAUUAUUUGGAGCCCUGCCUUCCCUGUUUAUUCCAGGAAGUGGAUAAACCUGUCGUGAUUGAGAACACACAUGCCCACUCCCCUCCCACUCCUCCAAUACAGAGGCAGACCCCCGAGCCAGAAAGGAGCCAUGGCCGCUAUUUCGUGGCCUUAUUUGAUUAUCAGGCCCGGACUGCAGAAGAUCUGAGCUUCCGAGCUGGAGACAAACUCCAGGUCCUGGAUUCUUCUCAUGAGGGCUGGUGGUUUGCCAGGCAUUUGGAGAAGAGGGUAGAUGGCCCUGGGCAGCAACUCCAGGGUUAUAUUCCUUCGAACUAUGUGGCCGAGGAUCAGAGCAUCCAGGCUGAACCGUGGUUCUUUGGUUCAAUCAAGCGAGUAGAUGCAGAAAAACAACUACUAUACCCAGGAAACCAGAAUGGUGCCUUUCUAAUUAGAGAAAGUGAAACUCAGAAAGGAGACUUCUCCCUUUCAGUUUUAGAUAACAACAUUGUGAAGCACUACCGAGUGAGAAGACUUGAUGAAGGAGGCUUUUUCCUUACCCGGAGAAGAACUUUUGACACCUUGAAUGCUUUUGUGGACUAUUACACCAAGACGAGUGAUGGCCUCUGUGUCAGACUUGGAAAACCGUGCCUGAAGAAAGAAGUCCCAACUACUUUUGAUUUGUCAUAUAAGACUGUGGACCAGUGGGAAAUAGAUCGAAACUCUCUGCAACUUCUGAAAAUAUUAGGAUCUGGCCAGUUUGGUGAGGUGUGGGAAGGCUUAUGGAACAAUACUACUCCAGUAGCAGUCAAAACACUAAAACCAGGUUCAAUGGAUCCAAAGGACUUCCUGAGGGAGGCACAGAUAAUGAAGAACCUGAGACAUCCCAAGCUUAUCCAGCUUUAUGCUGUUUGCACUUUAGAGGAUCCAAUUUAUAUUAUAACAGAACUGAUGAGACAUGGAAGUCUGCAAGUCUAUCUCCAAAAUGAUGCCGGGGCCAAAAUCCAUCUGCCUCAACAGCUGGAUAUGGCAGCUCAAGUUGCUUCAGGAAUGGCUUACCUAGAAUCUCAGAACUAUAUCCACAGAGAUUUGGCUGCCAGAAACGUCCUUGUUGGUGAACACAAUGUUUAUAAAGUGGCAGACUUUGGACUUGCAAGAGUUUUUAAGGUAGAAAAUGAAGAUAUCUAUGAAUCUAAACCAGAAAUCAAGCUUCCAGUGAAAUGGACAGCACCUGAAGCCAUUCGUUCUCACAAAUUCAGCAUUAAAUCUGAUGUGUGGUCAUUUGGGAUACUUCUUUAUGAAAUCAUUACUUAUGGAAAGAUGCCUUAUCCAGGCAUGACAGGUAUGCAGGUAAUCCAGAAGUUGGAUCAAAACUAUAGACUUCCUCAACCAGAGAACUGUCCACUGGAACUCUACAACAUCAUGUUGCAGUGCUGGAAUGUAGAACCCAAAGACCGACCAACGUUCGAAUCAUUGCACUGGAGUCUUGAAGACUAUUAUUAUGAAUUGGAUUCUUCUUCUUACUUAGAUGCGAAUAAUUUUGUUAGAUAAACCUAGGACUGGGAAAAUGGCUGUGCUUCAAAGAAUAAACAAAUAGAAUAAGUGGCCAGAAACAUAGCAACCACCAACUACAAAAUCAACUUAGAUUUGAAAUCUGGGAGGAAAGAGGUUCCAUUUUGUGGUACUUGAACAUGUGUGCUAGAAAUAACCAAAUCUCCAUUUCCUUGUUUGAACAACACUGCAGGACCCUGCAAAAAUAAUGCUCCCAUCAGCUAGCUGCUUGGCAAGAUAAAAAACUGAAACAAGUUCUUUUUUUCUUCUCAUUUUGAAGAUAUUUCUAUUUAUUGGUUGAAAUACUGAUCAUAAGAAUCAACAGAUGAUGGCCGAUUUUUACUCUGUUAACUGUGGCAGCAUUUUCCUGUUUGCUGAUUAGUGUGGUUAUUCAUUAUUCCUCAGAUCGCUGAAUAUCAUCCGGCUGUUAUUAUGAAGGAAUAUGAUUGCUUUGCUGCACAGCAGGACCUGUGCUUUGAGAUUUCCCCCCUCUUCUCUUUUAAAAUAUCCUGUAACUACAAUGAGGGUAAAGCCAUAUUAAAUGUCUUGAUU